AUGGGCUACACAGCCAAGGCAACGAUACCUCUUAUUCCCCUUGCGAAGGAUUCCGUCCUUCUGCCCGGUGUCACUCUCCGCAUCUCAGUGUCCAACCGUGCCGACAUCCCUCUGCUCCUAUCGUCAGCCUUUCAACGCGCUACCAAGUCGAGAUCCGCAUCGGCUCAGCUGCCCGUUGGCUGCGUUCCUGUGAAUUCGCCUUUUCUGAGCCCCGAUGGCAAGGAGCUGCUCGACAGCGCUGCAAAAGAGAGUAGCCGGGACUAUGACUAUGCCGACAUAGAUCCGGGCAAGGCGAGAAAGAAGGAUUUAUAUGGGUAUGGCACGCUGGCUAAGAUUAUCAGCGUCCAGGGGAGUCCUAAUGCCGAUCCGUAUUUGCUUGUGGAAGGAAUCCAAAGAUUUAAGAUCGACAAGAUUAAACAUGAGAGACCAUAUUUUGAAGCCGAAGUAACCUUUUAUGAGGAUGAGGUUCCCGACCUCAACGACGGUGACCUCCGGGCCAGUUUCACUCGUCUCAAGCAACGAUCUCGGGAGCUUUUGACGCUGCUGCGUCUCUCAUCUCUUUUCCGUCCGGCAUCUAUGGCGCUUUCCCCUCUGAUUGUUCGCCGCUUCGAGUUGUUCAUCGCUAAGAAAGACCUUUCGCAAGCUGGCCAAUUGGCCGACUUCAUGACGGAUAUUGUCGAAGCAAGCUUCGAGGAGAAACUGCGAAUUUUGAGCACCCUAGAUUUGCAUGAGAGACUGGAGCGCGUCCUUGCCUUACUCAACAAGCAGAUCUCAGGCAUCAACGGAAAUAUUAAAGUCACCACCAUAACCUCAACAACCCUGCCGUCCAAUAUUGGCGUUGACAUCUCCGAUUUGAAUCAGAAGCAACGGGAAGCUCUAGCGAGGCGGGCAAUGUCUGGUCUCAAUGGCAUGACGCCACCCGGAAUGCCUGGCGUCAACCGAGGUGGUGAUGAUGACGAGGAUAACGAAGUAAACGAAGUCGAGGAACUCAAGAAGAAGGUGGCUGAAGCCGGCCUGUCGCCCGAGGCCCAAAGAGUUGCCGACCGUGAACUUCGGCGACUGAAGAAGAUGAACCCAGCCAAUGCCGAGUAUGGUGUCAUUCGCACCUAUGUUGAAAACUUGGUCGAGAUACCCUGGACCAAGGUCACGGAUGAUCAGCUUGGCGCCGAUACCCUGAAACGAGCUCGAAAACAACUUGACGACGACCAUUACGGGCUGGAGAAGAUUAAGAAGAGAUUGCUUGAGUACCUUGCGGUCUUGAAACUGAAACAGUCGGUUAACGCCGAUGUCGAUCAACAAAUUGCUCGACUCACGAAGCAGCUCACACCACGGCAAGACGGCGAGGAAAGAGAAGUCGAGCAAAUCCCAGACAACGAGAGAGAUGCAGCGACUGCCAAGCUCCAUGUCCUCAAAUCGAAGCGCAUGGUGGACAAGUCUCCAAUCCUCUUGUUGGUUGGACCGCCUGGCACAGGCAAGACGUCUCUCGCAAAGUCUAUCGCCCUUUCCCUCGGCCGAAAAUUCCACCGUAUUUCCUUGGGCGGUGUUAGGGAUGAAGCAGAAAUCAGAGGCCAUCGGCGGACGUAUGUGGCUGCCAUGCCAGGCCUGAUUGUUAGUGGCCUGAAGAAAGUCGGCGUGGCCAACCCGGUCUUCCUCCUCGACGAAAUCGACAAAGUGAGCACGAACAAUUUCCACGGCGACCCUUCAGCUGCAAUGCUCGAGGUCCUUGACCCAGAACAGAAUCACAGUUUCAAUGACCACUAUGUCAACAUCCCCAUCGAUCUAAGCAAAGUUCUCUUCAUCGCCACCGCCAAUUCUCUAGACACCAUUCCGCCGCCCUUACUCGAUCGAAUGGAAACGAUUCGCCUGGCUGGCUACACGACAGUUGAGAAACGCCACAUUGCCAAACAACAUCUUAUACCCAAACAAAUCCGGACCAACGGUCUCUCCGAAGGACAAGUCGUCAUCCCUGACGAUGUCGUGGACACCAUAAUCACAGCUUACACACGUGAGUCUGGGGUACGCAACCUUGAACGUGAGAUCGGAAGUGUGUGUCGUUACAAGGCAGUCCAGUACGCUGAUGCCCGCGACGCUAAUGACACGUCGAAGUAUAACCCUGUCGUGCGCGUCGAGGAACUGGAAGAGAUUCUCGGCAUAGAACGCUUCGAAGAAGAAAUCGCCGAGAAAAAAUCUCGUCCCGGCGUUGUCACUGGGUUGGUCGCCUACUCAUCUGGUGGGCAAGGAAGCAUUCUCUUUAUAGAGGUCGCGGAUAUGCCUGGAAAAGGGCGUGUGCAGCUCACGGGGAAACUGGGAGACGUGCUUAAAGAAUCCGUCGAAGUUGCACUUAGCUGGGUGAAAGCUCACAGUUACGAUCUAGGCCUGACACACGAUCGAGAUGAAGAUAUUAUGGAGAAACGUGCCAUUCAUGUCCAUUGUCCUGCCGGUGCGGUGCCGAAGGACGGACCAAGUGCCGGAUUAGCUCACACCGUUGCUCUCAUUUCGCUGUUCUCUGGCAAGACUGUCCCGCCAACCAUCGCUAUGACGGGCGAAGUGAGUCUCAGAGGGCGGGUCCUGCCCGUCGGGGGCAUCAAGGAGAAAUUGAUCGGGGCCCAUCGCGCUGGUGUGAAGACGGUCCUGUUGCCAAACGGAAACAAGAAGGAUGUCAAAGAUGUGCCCGAGGAGGUGAAGAGGGACUUGAAGAUUGUGCAUGUCAAGUAA